AUGUCUUUCGACAAUAGCUAUCAAGACCCAAUUUUACCAUCGGAUAAAAAACAUAUUCAACAUCAUGGUCUUACAGUAUUCACUGCCGCUAUAUUUAUCACUGGAGAAAUGGCUGGUACGGGUCUGUUAGCAUUACCGAAAGCUAUGGAUCAAGCUGGAUGGUACGGUCUUAUAUCGACUUUUGUUCUAUGCUUUCUAUCCGGUUAUUCUGGUAUUAAAUUAGGUGAUUGUUGGACGAUGUUAAGAGAAAUGAAUCCAGUUUAUUCUGAAGAAGGUAGUCGAUCACCAUUUCAAGUCAUAGCUACUGAAGGUGCUGGCCGUAUUGGAAAGUAUGUGUUAAUAUUUGUCAUUUAUUUUCAAUUGUUGGGUGCAAGAACUAUUCGUGUUGUAUUUUUACUUUUGGCUGCACAAAAUCUUCAAAGUUUAUUUGAUGGUAUUCAUGCACAUCUUCCUGUAUGUAUAUGGAUUCUUAUUGUUGCUGCUGUUCUUCUUGGUCCAUGUUGGCUUGGAACACCAAAAGAUAGUUGGCCUAUAGCUAUUGGCGCAAUGGUUUGUACAGCUAUUGCUUGUGUAUUUAUUACAAUCAGUAUUCUUAUGCAUUAUCGAACAAUUGAGCGAUAUAACCCAAGUUCAAUUACAUUUAAAUCAUUUUCAUUUUCAAUGGGAACGAUGUUUUUUGCAUGGGGUGGUUCAGCAAUGUUUCCAACAAUACAAGUUGAUAUGCGUCAACCACAUCGAUUUCAUUUAGCAGUAAUUAUUGCUUAUUCAAUUUUAUUAGUUUUUUAUUUACCUGUAUCAAUUAUUGGAUAUACUGUUUAUGGUUCACAUGUCCAAGAUAAUAUAUUAAAGAAUUUACCAAAAAAUUUUCUUCGUUAUACAGUCGAAAUAUUAAUUACUGGUCAUUUAGCAAUGGCAUUUACAAUAGUAUUAAAUCCAAUAUUUCAAGGUUUUGAAGAACUUACACGUGUACCAAAACAUUUUUGUUGGCAACGUGCUGCAUUACGUAGUGGUAUUGUCAUGUUUUUAGCAUUUAUGGCUGAAACAAUACCACAUUUUGGUGCUAUACUUGCAUUUAUUGGAAGUUCAACAGUAUCAAUAUUAGGUUUUAUAUUACCGGUAGUUUGUUUUGUUAUGAUUAAAGUUCAAUUAACUCAAUUAGUUCAUGAAAGAUUUUUAGAUACUAUAUUCAGGGUGUUACCAAAAUGGGAUGUUGCUUUAUUAUUAAUAGCAUUACUUGUUGGACUUUAUGGUGCUUUAGCUUCAUCUUAUUCAUCAUUUUCUGACUUAGUUAAGCCAAGUUCAUAUGGAAAACCAUGUUGGCUCAAUAUAACAUCAGCUGAUGAAAAAAAUUCGAGUUUAACAUCAUUUUAA